AUGUCUGGUUACGUUGGUGUUCUUGUCUCUGAUCCAUGGCUGCAGAGCCAAUUCACACAAGUGGAGCUACGGAAUAUUAAAUCAAAGUUUGUUUCGACCAAAACUCGGUCUGGUCGUGUCACGGUGGAAGAUUUACCACCAGUUUUAGCAAAGUUGAAAGAUUUUAAUGGCACAUUUGACGCAAAAGCGAUCAAAACUAUAUUGGAUGAGUCUUAUCCAAAUCGCGAUGAGGAAAUUGAAUUCGAAACCUUUCUCAAGGCUUUCCUAAGUGUGCAAUCCCGAGGAACAAAAGGCGCUUCAUCGUUUCUCAAGACAAGAAGUACAACGUUUCACCACGCGAUCAAUGAAUCCGAGAAAGCUUUCUAUGUGUCCCAUAUCAAUAACUAUUUGAGAGAAGAAGAUCCUCUCUUGAAAAGCUAUAUUCCAAUCAAUCCUGCUAUGGAUGCUCUGUUUGAUCUUGUUAAAGAUGGUGUUCUUUUGUGUAAGCUUAUAAACGUAGCAGUGCCUGGGACGAUAGAUGAAAGAGCGAUCAACACGAAGAAAGACCUUAAUCCAUGGGAGAGAACUGAAAACCUUUCACUCUGUCUCAACUCUGCAAAGGCUAUUGGCUGCACCGUCGUCAACAUUGGAACUCAGGACAUUGCUGAAGGAAGACCGCAUCUCGUACUUGGGUUGAUCUUUCAGAUUAUAAAGAUCCAAUUGUUGGCUGGUCUCAAUCUCAAGAAAACUCCUCAACUUGUUGAAUUAGUGGAAGAAAACCAGGAUGUGGAUGAGCUUAUGGGACUAGCUCCUGAAAAACUAUUGCUAAAAUGGAUGAAUUUUCAUCUUAAGAAAGCUGGUUAUGAGAAACAGGUCUCCAAUUUCUCUUCUGAUGUUAAGGACGGAGAGGCAUAUGCAUAUCUGCUAAAUGCUCUUUCCCCAGAACUCAGUACACAUGAGACAUUAGAGAUCAAAGACCCUUCAGAAAGAGCAAAGAAAGUACUUGAGCAAGCAGAGAAGCUGGACUGUAAAAGAUACCUUUCUCCUCAAGAUAUUGUGGAAGGCUCUGCAAAUCUCAAUCUUGCAUUUGUGGCACAACUGUUUCAGCACAGAAAUGGAUUUACUGAUGAGAGUUCGAAGAUGCCUAUCUCUUCUUCUGAGAUUAUUACCGAAGAAGAUGAAGAAGCUUGUCGAGAAGAAAGAUGCUUUCGCCUCUGGAUUAACAGUCUUGGUGGUGUCACUUAUGUCGAUAAUGUUUUCGAGGAUGUUAGAAACGGAUGGAUUCUUCUUCAAGUUCUUGACAAAGUAUCACCAGGCUCGGUUAACUGGAAACCCGCAAACAAACCUCCAAUUAAAAUGCCAUUCAAAAAGGUUGAGAAUUGCAACCAAGUUAUCAAGAUUGGGAAAGAUCUACGCUUCUCGCUUGUCAAUGUGGCUGGUAAUGACAUUGUGCAAGGAAACAAGAAACUCCUUCUCGCUUUUUUGUGGCAGUUGAUGAGAUACACAAUGCUCCAAAUUCUAAACAACUUGGAAUCUCACUGGCAAGGUAAAGAAAUUACAGAGGCAGAUAUUCUAAACUGGGCAAAUAGGAAAGUCAAGAAAAUGGGUCGGACCUCUCAAGCUGUGAGCUUCAAGGACAAGAAUCUGUCAAAUGGAUUCUUCUUUUUGGAGCUUCUGAGUGCUGUAGAGCCUAGAGUUGUAGACUGGAGUCUAGUAACCAAAGGAGAAACUGAAGAGGAAAAGAUAUUGAAUGCAACAUACAUCAUAAGUGUUGCAAGGAAGCUUGGAUGCUCAAUUUUCUUGUUGCCUGAGGAUAUUAGAGGUAAACCAGAAAAUGAUGCUUAUAUUGGCGGCUAG